ACCACCUUAUCGUCCACCGUAGCCGCUGUACGAGCUUUGAAGGACAGAAAGGGAUCGACAGUUCCUGCUAUCAGGAAAUAUGUCCUUUCCCAUUCUCGAAUUCCUCCAAAGCGCGUCAAUGGUCUAUUGCGACGAGCUCUUUCCAAGGGUUUGAGGACAGGUGCUCUCGUUCGUCCUAAGGGUUCACGCGCCAAGGGUGCUAAGGGUCGAUUUAAGGUUGGCCGC